CACAAAGGAAAAGGCAAUGCUUGGGAAGUGCGUCCUACUGUUCCUCCUUCUCUGCCCCGUUUUGGGGGAGAGAGAGGAACUCCGUUGCGACUGCGAAGAACAGUCUGUCGUGGAAGAGGGGUCGGUGUCGUCGAUCUGUAGUGCUCGGGCGACUUCUCGUGGCCUGAAGCAGCAAGUCGUGUCGUACAGCCUGUAUGGAUCGAAAUCGAGGGAUGGAAGGGCGCCGGUGGAGUUUGAAGACCUGGUGCCCGAGGUGUGCGAGGACGUGAAGGUCCAAUAUCCAGGUUGGGUGAUGCGAAUCUACACGGACUACAAGCCCGAGGUGCCAGAGCAGAGAGAAUGGAUGUGCGAGAUCCAGUGCAACAACCCCCACGUUGAUUUCUGCCUCGUGGACAGACUCCCGGAACUGGGGGACGUCACCAGCGUGCAAAAUCAAGGGAGGACGUGGAGGUUUCUGCCCGGGAUGGAUCCCCUUGUGGACAUUUUCCUGUCAAGGGACACGGACUCCCUGGUGAUCGACCGGGAACGCGAUGCCGUCCGUGAAUGGCUGGAGUCGGACUCUAUGGUUCACGCGAUGAGGGAUCAUCCCCGACACGGACGCCACAUUCUCGCAGGUAUGUGGGGGGCGAAGACGUUCAUGAAUCGGUCCUUGAUGGCAAGCUUGACCGCGAAGAUGCUAUUUGAGACUCACUUGGAUCACGAGAAAGAAUUUGAUCAAGACAUUCUCAGGGAAGUCCUGUGGCCAGCGACUAAGAAUCAAAUGAUGGUGCACGACAGCUACUUCUGUUCGGAGCCUGAAUUCGAAGGCCCGGCAUACCGCCCCUUCCCGACGCGUCGAGACGCGAAGUUCUUCGUUUCGUAUGGCCCGAGGUUUCUACCGGCGCUGAAGGACGUGACGAAGUGCCCACUUCAGUGCAGGCCGAGGGAGCACCGAUAUUGGGUCUACUGCUAAUGUCCAUCGUUGGUAUUUGGUGCGAGCAUGAGUUUCCACCCCCAUUCCUUUGAUGCUUUCUUCAAUUUUGAACCUACUGUCUAUUCAUAGAAUACAUCAAAUCAUAUCUUAGGAACUUCUUCAAAU